AUGGACAGCUUGCCAUGCAACAGACGUGUCCCAAGUAUGUUUUUCUACCAUAGGAUCCUACAUUAUCUGGUCUGCGCUAUGAUUAUAAUGUGCAUUUCCCAUACAGAGGCCACGUGUGAGUUACCAUUUUACUACGAUGACGAAUAUGAAAUUGCAGGCAGAGAUAAACUCCAUAUGAAUUCUACCUUGAUAGUAGAUUAUCCACUCUCAAUUCCGGGUACAAACCGAAGAAACUUUGGUUGCAUAGAAAAGCAGGGUGACAUAUACCUUCUCAAAGGAACAGAAGAAGUAAAUAUCUUCAACCAACUAACCACGCUUUAUAUGUGUUUAGAGAUCCAUCAAGUGAGCAAUACUACAUAUUACUACUUCUAUAAGACAGGUUAUGACGUAUUUCUACGAGAUUAUUUAAUUGGAUCAAAGACUGGAGAACCUACUUUUGAUGAAGUUUGUACCGAGACAACCGACCAAAAAGCUUUCAUUAUGAUUUCAAAGAAAGAAUCGUAUGAAGAAGGUCUACUUAACACAACAUGUCCGCAGGAUAUAUUGGCUGUAUUUGACAACGUGAAUAUCACAAGAUCGUCUGGUACUACAACAACUGGGUGUCCAGGGACAACAGUAGAUGUUUGUACAGACAGGACCACAGUAGCAUUUACGUACAACAGCAGUUGCGCUGCAGCAAAAAUGACAUCAGUUGUUAUAGAAGUUUUCAUUGAGGAAUCAGAAACCGGUACAUGCUUAAUUGUCGAACCUUAA